AUGGAUCGAUCAAACAGAAAAACCAAGCGAGAGGAAAUUAGAGAUUUGCAGAGAUACAAAGAUAUUGGCUAUUUGACCUCCUUGGUCAAGGACCGGCAAGAUAGACAGCAUGUAUCAAAUGUUUCGAUGUACAAAGAUAUCGGUCAUAUGUUUCGACGAGCAACGAAGCUAUUCGAUCGCGUCACUGCCGUUAAUAAGGAGUCGAAAAAGAGCUCAUACAAUGUGCGCGAGCUGAUCGAACGAGCAAAAUCUACAUAUAAAAAAGUUGAUGACAUUCUUUCCAGACCAGAUGUGAAAAAGAUGCGAUGUACACAAAAGCCAGAAGUAUCUCCCGGAUUAUCUGCAGAUUCAAUCGAAUCACCAGAAAAAUACAAGUCGGUUAAUGCAAUUGCUCCACCAAAAUGGACAAAUAAAGAAGAAGAGACGACCACCGAAUAUUCGCUGAUCAUUUCGCUCUCUACCCGAGAUCCAAAAGAUGAUUCUGACCGAGCAAACAGCGAGAAAAAAACUAGUGGGAAACGAACUGAGGCUGAAAAAGCAGUGCUAAAACUUCAAAAACAGCAGUUGCGCAAAGCAGCGAAAAAAUCUGCGAAAUUGGCUGCGAAAGAAAAAACACAGAAGGAAGUCGAGAAGCCGGAAAAAGUUAGUAAGCCAGUGAAAGUGGAAAACAUACCAGAGCGUGUGUGUGAGACACCAUCCUGGUUCGAAUUCGUGUCCUGCUCAGAUGGGCGUCAAAAGAAUUCAGUCUGUGAGACCUCCUGCUAUGGUCAAGGGAUCACAUUCGACAAAAAAGAAAUGAAGUCCACCUGUCAGUGUACAGAAGGUGUCUGCGAGUGGGACAACAAGAAUGGACCUUCUUGCGUCAUCAUUAAGUCAGAAAAGAAUGUUACUGAGGAUAAGGAGAAAGAAGUUCCAGACUUUUGCGAGGAGCUAGAAUGGCUCGAAUCUGGAGAUGUCAUCUGCUCAGAGAAGAAUCAUAAAGACUCCGUUUGCCUGAUGAAAAGCUGUUCAAAGAGGCAGAUCUCGACGGCGGUAAAAUGCAAAUGCUAUACGAAAGAUGACGAUGUCUCAAAAUGCAAAUGGCAGGAAGAGCUUAAGGAUGACUUUACCAAAAGAGGUCCUCGAUGUAUUCGUCAAGAAAAACGAGGACUAACAGACGAACGAUGCGAAGAAGAAGACUGGUACGCAUCUUCAUUUGGCGCCAAUCCUAAAAUAGAGUGCACAAAGAUGAAUAAGGAUAAAUCCGUCUGCCAGCAUACUCAGUGCAAGAAAAACCAGGCGCCGAUUCCAGCUACGUGCAUGUGCUUCGACCGCUCAAGUGAUACCAAGAAAUGCAAGUGGAAUAGAAGGCCCGAUUGCGGAAAUCCAGAUAAAGUCGAGGAUCCAAUUUCGCUCGGAUUUAGGAGCUCGCAACGAUGCCAUAAGCCAACGAAUUGGGAUUAUAUCAAUGCUGUCAAGUGUACUAACGGAUACAACAAGGGAUCUGAAUGCAGGAUCAAUCGAUGUCCAGGCACAAUGGUUCAGGCAACAGCAACAUGCUCAUGCUAUGGCAUUCGAUGCACCUGGCUCUACGAUCAUGGAGAAAAGCAGCCGACAUGUGUUCACGAGCCGCAGCCAAGCUCCAAAUCUCAACAAGGCGAUGGAAUGUUGAGCGAUGUUGGUAUGGGCGGUUUAAUGGAGGUGGAAGAACUUGAAGAGCAAGACAUUGAAUCUUUUGACUUCUCAAGCCGGGAAUGUGAUUCGAUCGAAAAUGGUUACACAAUCUGCACAAGUAGAAACCACGAGGGCAGUAAAUGCCGUCGCCUUGACUGUCAGUCAACAGAAACCAUCUGUGUCUGUGGAGAGAACGGAUGCUCUUACGACAAAGGGCUGCCAACCUGUAUGAGCAAGGCUGUGAUGGCACGAGGAUGCGACAAAAAUGGUUGUGACGGAUGCGAUAAGGCCCCGUGGAUGGAUCAGCCAACAACUCAGUGUACCCAUUUUAAUUUUCCAGGCUCCCAAUGUUACAGAUCGAACUGCUACCACCCGCUCCAAUCGACGCGUGCGACUUGCCUCUGCGAAUCCGUCAAUGGAGUCACGAAAUGCGACUGGAACUCAAGCCCAACUUGCUUCCGCCAGGCUAGAUAUGGGCGUUAA